AUGAUUGAUUAUCUGGGCAUUGUGGCUAUUAUAUUCUUCUAUCUGUUGAUUCUUGUUGUUGGCAUUUGGGCUGGAAGGAAAGCGAAAGAUGUCAACGCAAUGUCCAUCGAUGGUGAACAAACUGAAGAAGUUAUGCUGGCAGGACGAAAUAUUGGUACUUUAGUGGGUAUCUUCACCAUGACUGCAACCUGGGUUGGUGGAGCUUAUAUUAAUGGUACCGCAGAAGCGUUAUACAAUGGUGGUCUUCUGGGAUGUCAAGCGCCAUUCGGUUAUGCAUUAUCAUUAGUCAUUGGUGGCAUACUUUUUGCAAAGAAGAUGCGUGAUGAAGGUUAUAUCACAAUGUUGGAUCCAUUCCAGAUGAAAUAUGGCCAAAGAGUUGGUGGUCUUUUGUUCAUUCCUGCCCUUUUCGGAGAAGUUUUCUGGACAGCUGCAAUUUUAUCAGCUCUUGGAGCAACAUUAUCAGUGAUUCUGGCGAUUGAUAUGACAUUAUCAGUAAUAAUAUCAGCAAUAAUUGCUGUAUUUUAUACUUUCACUGGCGGUUUAUACGCUGUUGCAUACACGGAUGUUGUACAACUAUUUUGCAUAUUCGUUGGAUUGUGGGUUUGUGUACCAGCAUCAUUGUUGCAAGAUAAAACAAAAGAUAUAUCGAGGAAUGCAGCGGACUGGAUUGGUACCAUUGGUGGUUUUAAGGAAACGACACUUUGGAUAGACUGCAUGUUGCUACUUAUUUUUGGUGGUAUUCCCUGGCAGGUAUAUUUUCAACGAGUACUAUCAUCGAAAUCAUCAUCAGGUGCACAGAAGUUAUCAUUUAUAGCAGGUGUCGGUUGUAUUUUGAUGGCUAUACCACCUGCCUUAAUCGGAGCCAUUGCUCGAAAUACUGGUCAGCAUUUGAUUUUUAGUGAUGAUGUUAUUGCUGCUUCACAUUACUCCAUUUCUGCUGAAGUUGAGUUUAUGGAAGAAUAUUGACUUGGUGCAGUAUCGGCUGCAGUAAUGUCGUCCGCUGAUUCAUCGGUACUUUCAGCAGCAUCCAUGUUUGCACAUAAUAUAUGGAAGUUAGCUAUCCGACCAAAUGCUCAUGAAGAAGAAGUGAUACGCGUGAUGCGUAUUGCAAUUAUUGCAGUUGGAUUUUGUGCAACAUUAAUGGCACUCACAAUAAAUAGCAUUUACGGCUUAUGGUACCUGUGUGCAGAUCUUGUCUACGUUAUACUUUUUCCGCAACUUGUUUGUGUUGUAUAUUUCAAGCAUUCCAAUACUUACGGAUCCAUCAGUGGUUAUAUCGUGGGAUUAUUGCUGAGGUUAUCUGGAGGUGAGCCACUUCUUUCCUUUCCGGCACUUAUCCAUUAUCCCAUGUACGAAGAAGUGACCAAGGAAGAUGGUACGAUAUUAGGAACUCAGUUCUUCCCGUUUCGAACAAUGGCCAUGCUGGGCUCAUUCAUCGCUUGCAUUGGCAUUUCUUAUCUUUCCGAAUAUUUAUUCGUAAAUGGAAUAUUACCAGUCAGAAUGGACUUUUUGAAGUGUAUCGUCAAUAUACCAUCCGAACGUAUCGCACUGCAUUCAGAUGUUAGCUUUAAUAUAAGCAGUGAAACACUAAAUACACAAAAGCCAAAAGAUUCAGGUGACAAUUAUACCAGAAGGAAUUUUCUGAAACCGCUCGAUGCAUCAACAAUUACAGAGUUAAGUACACUGCAACCUUCCAAUAACAAAGAUUACCUAACAUUGAGUAAAGAAGAUAUAUAA